CGGAAAUGCACAAGGUUUAAACAUUCGAGAGGACAGAUUGACUUCGAACCCUCUUGAGGAGGCGAUAAAAUGGCAACGAGUCGAUAACAGUAUCUAGUAAUUAAUCACAAUAAAUACCAAAUCACUUCUUCGUUCUUCAACUUGUUCUACCUUUCUCAUUUUAUUUCUUGCCUGGUGCUUAUGGAAGACACAACAACCCUGGUGGCAGUUUCGGCGACAAUUUUCUCCUCGAUAUUCAUGCUACAAGGGAGAAGCAAACAGAGUCAGUAAUCACAGACAGACAGCCAAGGAUACGGCCAGUCAGUCAGCAUUGGGGGAGGAACAGCGGACAGACGAGGAAGAGAAGCCUGAGGAUCGCCUUCGACGACGAGGAGGUUGAUGGCUCGCCCCAAAACGGGUUAGCGGAGUCGCGUUGAUCAAACAGCAGAUUUGCAUUUAAUUGUCGUUUUAGUCCCAAGGCGCCCAAGGACGAUGGGGAACAACAACACCGCCAGCAGCAACAUCAGCGCCGACGACAACGAUAACGACAACACCUGUAUUUCUCCCGGCUUCAGCAGCAACACUGGUACCGCCAUUUGCCACAAGAACAAUUAUCACACCCAUGGUCAGGCUGCCACUGCUGGUCUCUCCAUGACUCCGCAUUUCAUGAUCACUGUGCGGGACAUGCCAUAUACUGUGACCAACUCGUUCAAGAGAGGUCUAAUGAUGCACACCUACGGGCGCCCCAUACGGCGCAUAUUUGAUGAAGAAUCACGUCCAGCAGCUAAAAAACGACGUGUUCAAUCAGACUCCGCUCUAAAGGGUCCCACCGAAGACGAAAACAACCUCGAAUGCGCCAUACGCGAAUCUUCUGCUGCCAUCUUGUCCAGUCCGUCGCGUCGCAACUCAAUUGCCGCCUUCUCUGAAGACCUGGACGAUGAUCUCUCAACACCCCCUUCUUCGCCUCCAUUACAACUAACCCCGCCUCCAGUGAACACACGCAAACCCACUUUUGCAUUCCUGAAGCGGAAACGCGCUGCCACAAACACUCCUACAAAUGGGACCCCCUUGACAGAGGUAAACUUCAACAGUGUUCGGGCAUCCCUGGAUCCUCCAAAGAUGAAUGGAAAACAUCAACAGGUCCAAUCUCAACAACGCACACUGAAGCAGAUGCAAAUAGACCUGGGAGGGGAGAUGCGCAAAACAUGCUCCUCCUGUGGGAUGGAAUAUGUCCCCUCAAACGCGGAGGAUGUCGCGUUACACAAGAAAUAUCAUGACCUGAACUCGAGCGGAGUUGACCUGGGCAAGGCAUUUGUGCGGGCAAACGCGUGCCGCUGGGUGUACGAAGCCGCCAGGUUCGACGAGGGCUAUGUCGUGAUAAUCGACAGGAAGAGUUCCCCUUCCAGCCGGAACCAGGCCAUACGUGUCCUAGAGGUGGUGAACAAGGAGCUUUCUGCGCCGGACAUUGAGGAGUCGGUGUUAUGGAGCCAGAUCCGGCCGCCUAAGCGGCUGAGGAAGAAUGGAGCGAAGGAAGAAGUGGAUCGGUUUAAGGUGUUCUUGCACAUGAAGGAUAGCAAGUGUGUAGGACUUUGCUUGACGGAGCGGAUUUGGGAGUCGCAUGUGGUGAAGCGGUCAGGCCGUGAUGGUCGCGCGAGGGCGAGCGCGAAUGGCGAGCGGUUUAAUAGUUCAUCCAUCACGGCUAGCGAAGAGGUUCACCCAGCUGUCGUCGGGAUCUCGCGUGUUUGGACAUCUGCCUCUUCGCGGCGAAAGGGUAUAGCGAUGGACCUUCUCGAUUGCGUGGUGAGCAAUUAUAUCUACGGCAUGGAGAUUCCUAAAUCGCAGAUUGCGUUUAGCCAGCCGACCGAGAGUGGGUAUCGGUUACUCGAGGCCUUUUUUGGACCGGACGAGCAGUGGCAUGUCUAUAAGGAGAUCUAAGAGUCUGGGGAAGCCAUAGGUUCAACAAGAGGCAACCCCAGUAGAUGAGGUUUUGUACUUUUACACAUAUUCGAAAUGGGUUUGUUUAUUGCGCUGUGUAUCUUCUCACAGGACUGAGGGGUACGAGUCGAAUUCUGUUUUCGAAAUCUGAACUUGUUUUCUGGGCAACAAAGAAGGGCAUUGGGAUCACGGAUGGAACGGAUGGCACGGAUUUUUGAGAAUUGUUCAUUUCAUUUCAUUUAUGUUUAUCCCUGGGGGUUUCAAAGGUGGAUUUGCUUUCAGAGCGGGGAUAUAUUGUCGUUUCUUCAGGCGAAAACUGCGGCUGGUUAGCAACCGCGGAUUCUGUUUUAUUUAAUUGUGUCGUUUCUCUGCCUUCGAAACCCAGAAUCGUCGAUAAAGAGUGCCUACCUAUAAAUAAGAUAGCUAAAUAAAUACGUUAACGUUGGGGUUCCGUC